AUGCUGAUCAUCCCCGGCAACCGCGGUGGAAGAGGUUCCUUGUACGGUGUCACACAGGGAAAGGCAUACAGCUUUGAGUUGCCACAACAUGGGCCAAAGUGCGUGUCUUCGACUUGGAAAACGGAAAUGUGGAAAAAGUUUGUGUUUUACAUGAUCCCAGCGAGGAGUGUCUUCUACCGGAGCCCAAGCGAACAGGAAUUUGGAUUUUACCCACUAUGGUAUGAGGAGAUGAUGGGGGUUCAUUGGGAACCUGUAGCUUUGGAUCAGAAGAAGCAGCACCUCAAAUCUUGUCACACCCAGUUUCCUGUGCUGAUUAUCACUGGCGGAAAUUAA